GACAGAACACCGGAUAUCCAGUCUUGUUCACGUGACGCGUACGUCAGAAUUCAAAUAAUAUCUGUAAGUAUACGAGUACUGUGUCAUAAACAUGGAUAAACCUGUCGGAAUAGUAAAUAACCAGGAAGAUAAAUGGGGAUGGGUUGUAGCCACUGCGUGUUUCGGCAUCAAUUUUAUCAUUUUGGGAUUGCAAAGAUCAGCAGCUAUUGUUUACGUUGCUUUACUGGCAGAAUUUGGGAUAACUAGGGAACAAGCAGCAUGGCCUAUCACUUUAUGCUCAUCAAUAAUGUUUCUAGUUGGUCCUCUUGCAGGAUUUUUGGCCCAAUUUUUAAUUAUAAGAACUAUUGUCUUCAGUGGAUGCUUAAUAGCAUCUAUAGGUGUUAUUUUAUGUUUUUUUGGCCACAGUUUGGUAUUCAUUAUCCUGUUUUUCGGAGCCGUACAAGGUCAGAACGUCAGCUGA